AUACAUAGAGUGCUGACAUUUGAAGUAGUCCCAGAAACCUCAAGCCACAAUACCACCAAGUUUCCGACAUGGGAAGCCUUCCGUUUACUACCUCUGAUCUUCACACAAGCACUGGAGGAUUUCUGAGCAGCCCAACAUUGCUAUGUACACCCCUAAUGGGAACCACAGUGGACCAAAUGCUUAUUGAGAUGCACAAGGCUAAGGAAAUUGGUUCUGAUGUUGUGGAAAUCAGGCUGGACUGUUUGAGAAACUUUAACCCAAGUUCAGAUCUUCAAAUACUUAUCAAGCAGAGUCCUCUGCCUACUCUUGUCACUUACAGGCCAGUUUGGGAAGGCGGUCAAUAUGAAGGUGAUGAAACCAAGCGACAAGAUGCUCUUCGGUCAGCCAUGGAACUGGGAGCUAACUAUAUUGAUAUUGAGCUUGAGGUUGCCCAUGAAUUCAACAAUUCCAUCUAUGAAAAGAAGCCUGACAACUUCAAAGUCAUUGUUUCUUCUCACAACUUUCACAACACUCCAUCUUCCGAGGCAAUCGGAAACCUUGUGGCGAGAAUCCAAGCCACUGGAGCUGACAUUGUGAAGAUUGCAACUACAGCGUUGGACAUUACAGAUUGUGCCAGAAUUUUCCAGAUUACUGUGCAUUCACAGGUCCCAACAAUAGGUAUUGUUAUGGGAGAGAGAGGUUUGAUUUCACGACUACUUAGCCCCAAGUUUGGUGGAUAUCUUACCUAUGGUGCACUAGAAGCCGGUGCGAUAUCAGCUCCUGGGCAACCAACUGCGAGAGACUUGUUGGAUUUAUACAACUUCAGACUUAUUAGACCUGAUACCAAAAUCUAUGGGAUUAUUGGGAAGCCUGUUGGUCACAGCAAGAGUCCUCUACUAUUCAAUGCAGCAUUCAAGUCAGUUGGCCUUAAUGCAGUCUAUGUUCAUUUUCUGGUGGAUGAUGUUGAGAAGUUUUUCAACACAUAUUCAUCCGUUGACUUUUCAGGAUGCAGUUGUACCAUUCCACAUAAGGAGGCAGCACUCAAAUGCAUGGAUGAGAUUGAUUCCAUUGCCAAGAAAAUCGGAGCUAUCAACAACAUUGUCAGGAAGCCUGAUGGGAGGUUAGUGGCUUUCAACACCGACUACAUUGGCUCCAUCAGUGGCAUUGAGGACGAACUACGAGGUAUGAACGGUGCCAUUCCUGCUGGUAAAUCACCCCUGGCUGGAAAGUUGUUUGUGGUCUUGGGAGCCGGUGGUGCUGGCAAGUCACUUGUAUAUGGUGCUGCACAGAAAGGAGCAAGAGUUGUAUGUGCCAACCGAACAUAUGAAAGAGCCAAGGAGCUGGCUGACAAAGUAGGGGGACAAGCUAUGACUCUUGAAGAAGUUGAAAAUUUCCAUCCGGAAGAGGGAAUGAUUCUUGCCAACACUACAUCUGUGGGGAUGAAGCCUAACGUUGAUGACACUCCUAUCUCCAAACAAGCUCUGAAACACUAUUGCUUAGUUUUUGAUGCCAUCUAUACGCCAAAAGAGACUAGACUCCUCCGAGAAGCAAAAGAGACUGGAGCUGCUGUUGUAUAUGGGACAGAGAUGUUGAUUAGGCAAGGGUUUGAACAAUACAAGAACUUCACUGGUUUGCCAGCACCUGAAGCAUUGUUUAGAGAGCUCAUGGAGAAGCAUGCAUAAGAGAGAAGACUUGAUUUGCAACCCACACUUUUACAGUGCUACUGUUGUAUCUGAUUCUAUGCUUAGAUAGCAGAAUUUGCUUUUAAAAUUUUCAUAAUGUGAUAAAGCUUUGAAUUUGUUGUAUGAAUAACAACUUUAUUUUCAUCCAUGAAA